GAUUAGGAUGUAAUUAGUCACCCGAGUGUAUUUAUGAUUAAAAUAUCAGCUGGAUGAGUAGCAAAACCUAAAAACGGGUCGACAGUGAGGUAGUGAAAACGGUAUUGUUUCUAGAUCGUUGAAAAACGUUGUGAUAAUAUUAACAUAUUGUUUUUUUUCUUUUUUUUUUUUGUUGAAUAUAAUCAGAAAAACAUUACAAACAAUGGGGCUUUUCUCAAAUUCAUCGCCGUUUGACGCUGACGUUGAAAAAGCGACCAAUGAAAAAAAUACAUCAGAAGAAUGGGGUAUGAUAAUGGACAUAUGCGAUAAAGUAGGGAACUCCAGCACCCAUGCCAAAGAUUGUCUUCGCUCUAUUGUCAGGAGGCUCAAUGCUCAAGAUCCUCACAUUGUUAUGCAGGCUGUGACCUUACUGGAUGCCUGCGCGAGUAAUUGCGGUAAAACAUUUCACUUGGAAAUAGCAUCUAGAGACUUUGAAGGCGAGUUACGAAAACUGAUAAAUCGUUCUCAGCCCAAAGUAGCGGAAAAGUUAAAAUCGCUAUUGAAAAAGUGGGCAGAAGGUGAAUUUAAGACCGAUCCACAGCUUAAUUUAAUCCCCAGCCUGUACAACAAACUAAAAAGCGAAGGCCUCGACUUCUCUUCAACCCCAGAUAUGCCAAAACAUGCGGCAGCUAUCAGUAGAGACCCGAAUGUUGUAACAAAUUCUCAAGAAGAAGAAGAUAUAGCAAAGGCAAUCGAGCUCUCCCUGAAAGAGAACAAACUACAGCAUCAUCAUUCUACAAUCUCACAUAACUCGCCAUCUCAAAAGCGGACUACCAGUUUAUAUCCCAGUGUCAGUACUGCGUUAAGUUCAACCAGCAACAUCGAAGGGAGAAAAGUUCGAGCUCUUUAUGAUUUUGAGGCAGCUGAAGACAACGAACUGACAUUCUUAGCAGGAGAAAUAAUUCACAUUCUGGAUGACACAGACCCAAAUUGGUGGAAAGGGACAAAUCACAGAGGAGAAGGCUUAUUUCCCUCAAAUUUUGUAACAGCAGAUCUUACCGUGGAACCCGAGCAAUUCACUAAAUUAGACCAUGGAAGUAAGAAGUCUGUUCAAUUUGCCGAGGAAGUUGAAGUAAAGACCGUAAAACGUGAGCCAGAAAUAAUUGAAGUCGAAAUUGACGAACAUAAAAUGGACAGACUUCUUCAUCUGCUGCACGAAGCUGACCCUGAAUGUGAUUCAACCGAUACGCAGGAGAUGUUGGAUCUCGAAGAACAAGUUACAGCAAUGGGUCCAUUAAUAGACGCAGCUCUGGAGAAAGUAGAUAGGCGACAUGCUCAGCUCACACAAUUGAGUUCGGAUUUGGUCGAUGCUCUCAAUCUCUAUCACACAUUAAUGCGAGAGCCACCUCCGCCAACACCAUCCAAUUAUACGUUGCCUAAAAUGCCUCCGUCACACGUCAAUGCCUACCAAUUUCCAAAUCAAGGGCCACCACCACCUCACAUGUUCAACGGAAUGCCCCAACAGCCUUCGUUCAACGCAGGGGGCUUACCUUCAGGAGCAUAUCCCCCAAACAUACCAGCAAAUGAGUACAUGGGCCCUAUGGGAAAUAUUGGGAAUCCCAAUCCGCCACGUUUUCAUAUGCAGCCUGGUCCUCCGCCGUCCGGUCACCCUCAGGGCCUGCCACCCUCCUCCGAUCGAUCGAACCUUCCUUACCAACACCAAGGAUUUCCACCUCAACGGGGUUCUGCUGGAGGACCUUACCCCGGACCCCCUGGACCGCCGAUCAACCAACAGCCACAGUAUGCUCCGCCUAAUGGGCAACAUAUGAUGUAAGCGAAGAUUCAUAUAAUACGAUAUUACAGAUAAAUUCCCCUAUACUCUACUCAAGUUGUAUAUUAUUACGAUCAUUAUUAUUAAUAUUAUUAUUUUUAUUGAUAUUAUUUAAAUAAAUAUGCCCAAUGCAGUCAAAGAAUCUGGAUUUUAUAUCUUUAUCGAAAUAAUUAUUGGAUCGUUUCGUUUUGGUUCUUCUUGUUUCUUUUCGUUGUUUUUAAUUUCGAAGUGUCUAUGGCCUUAAGAACAUAUGAAAUUAUCCAGUUCUUUAGUUGAAGACAGAUAUAAUAUUAGGGUACACAAUGAAUUCGCUAACAAUAAAAAGACACGUACUGUAGCUCGUUAUAAUUUAUUGUCACUAAAGCUAGCGAGAAAUCCUCUGUAGUUUUUUUAGUCAGCUUGUUUUUUUUUUGUUAAUCUGAAUAGACUUGACUUGCAUAAUCUUGUGUAACAUACUAUACUGUAAAAAAAAAAAGAAACUAAGGAUAAACCUUUACGUUCUAGUCUCGAUAGCUACUCCUAUUUUAAAAAUGGAAACUGAACGUCAGACUGGUGGUAGAAUGAUUCUUUUAUCAAAGGAAAAUGUGUCUCGUGAUUCAAAGAUUCUGUUACCUAUAACAUCGCGAACUAUGUUCGAAUUUCACUGGUUUUAUCUGACAGUUGAAACGAAAAAAAUUAUAGAAGAAAUGAUACCAGAUUGAAAUAGAUAUCGUGGUAAUUUCAGCUGUAAAGUGUUUCAUGUUUUUGUAAGUAUGCCUCGUGUAUGUACAACAAUGUAAUAAUUUGCAUCACACAUAAUUAUAUUAACAGGUACAGGUAGAGGAAUACCUAUGUACGUAAAGGUGAAUAAUAACUGAACAUAAAGCGAAAUCUUGUAAGUUAUUUUUAAUGUAAACUAUACUGAAAAAUGUAUGAACGUUACGUCGCCAUUAAAUUGCAAUUAUUUACGUAAA